CAGAAAUCGGGCGUCGCAGGAUUUGCGGAAUCCGAUGCGGGGAGACGGUUGUCGAAGUGCAGACCAGAAAUGGCUCAAGUCGCUCAGAAUCGUUCGCGGAAAGCCGAGCUAGUUAUUGUAAGCGAAUAUUUGAGACUUCGUUUGCAUUGUGGGCAGCCAUCGAUGAUAAAGGACAGACGAUACCACGCUCGUUUGUACCAGAAGUGCUUCGUUGGUCGUGAACUCGUCGACUGGCUUGUGGAACAUUUGGAAGCGACUAAUCGAAAUAUCGCUGUCCAGUGCAUGCGGGCUUUGCAAGAUAUUGGAUUGAUACAUCAUGUAUGCGACGAUCAUCAAUUUAAGGAUCAGAUGCUGUUCUACAGAUUUCGUCGGGAUGAUGGUAGUGGUGGUUUUGAUAAGGAAACAGAAUUUGUAUUCCAAGCCGUCGACCUUUAUAACAGAAUUUUAGCAGAUCAAAAGAAAUUCGUGGUCUUGCAAGAUAUUCAAUAUAACGGCCAAGUAUUCAAAACUUGUUUUUUCGCUCGUCGCUUCAUUGAUUGGCUGGUUUUGAAUGGCGAGACUCAUUCACGUGACGAAGGAGUUGAAAUCGGAAAAGCUUUUCUACAGACCGGAGUUAUAAAACAAUUGUCCCCCAGCAUCGCUUUUCAAGAUGAUAGCCUUUACUACCAGUUUCGAAUUGAAGAUAUGAAGACAUCAAAGCUGAUGAAUGUUGUGAACCUGAGCGAACUAGAUAAAAACAAGCAAAUCACGACCUCUACAAAAAAGGAUGGAACACCGAUCAAAAAUAUCGUGCAUUUCUUUGAUGACAUGGCCAAACUUCAGGUCAACAAGUCAAAAGAACUAAACAGACGGCGCCAUUCAAGCUUCGACACGCCUCCAAAUACUCCUCCAAACAUGGAAGACGUUCAAAUUUCGCCCAGACCAGUCGUACUGAGAGAUGUGACCGUUGAAGAGUUAGAAGACAGAAGAAACCCGUAUGUCAUGACAAAAAUAUCUAUUUUGCGGGAUGCUGUUGGAUAUGGAUUCGUCGUUCGCGGUAGUAUGCCUGUCUACGUUCAAACUGUCGAUCCUGACGGCCCGGCAGCUGCCGCAGGCGUGAAGGUAAGGCAGUAUAUUCACUCUGUGAACGGAAAGUAUGUGUUAAGAUGGACGCAUCGCGAGGUUGCGGACGUAAUCCUGAACUCGCCAAACGUCGUUGAACUGGUGGUCAUGAACCAUUUCAGGGGUUCCUAGAGAGAUCGUCUCCGCUUGCGUAAAACACUGAAGUUUCGGACUAAAUCAAAUCCAUUCAGGUUUUUUGGGGGGGUCUUUAGUCGAUUUGUCCAUCGGAAAGCCUUUGAUGGUGAGUUCAGAAAUGGUUCAUAGUGUUGCAGUAUGAUUGUGUAAAUAUAUGGUUGGUAUUCGGUCUGUGACCUCCAGCGACGAGAAUCUAGGAUCAUUGGUGUUGAUGAUUCUUUUCUCAGAAGUUAAAAAAGAUAUGCCCGCUUGGGCAAAAUUGGUUUUGAGCUUUUUUAACGCUAUCUCCCUCUUCCCUGUAAAGGUGGAGGGGAUAGUUCAUCCUACAGGGGCCUCUUGCAUGUGGGAACAACUUCACAAAUGCUGCUUACUUACAGCUAUAAACUGUGAUCGAGCGAAGACGAUUGGACUCGACCAGCUUAGAUAAAUCAUACAGCUAAGCUUGGUCUAUAUUGGACAACAUUUUAAAAGUAAACUCCGUCUUCCGUACAGUUAAAACUCAUGAGAGGUUUAACCGUUUAACUCAUUUUAAGAUGUGAUGUUGGCCAUAGUUCUUGUCUCGAUCAAAAUUUUGUUUACAGCUGGAAUCCUACAUUACCAUUGUCAUCAGUGGACAAUACAGGAAAAUAGUUUGGAUACAUAAUAUUGAGAAUAUACAACACUAGCGUUUUAUACUGCAUUUUAUAAAGGUUCAGGUAUAAAUUUUAUAAUGAGAUAUACUUUUUAAUCACCGUUUGAUUUGAGCUUAAAGUUUUAGUCACGAAUUGUAGAAAUUGUGUCAAGGUAUGUAUAUAGUUUAUGCAGUCAGAUUUUACAUUGAUUAAUACAAUUAAUUGCCAGGGGCCAGUUGUAUGAAAGGCUAGUUAACUUUCAACUGUACUUACUGUAGUUAAGGACAGAAUUGGCCAAUAAAAGUCGUGUAUUUCUAAGAGUUAACCAUGCAAAAUGUAGUUAACUAGGUUAAAAUGUGGAGCUAACUGGGAUUUAACCAUGCAAAAAAGAGUUUUAUACAACCGGCCCCUGAUAUUUACCUCUGUUACCCAGCAAUGAAAAUGUAAAUACUAUGCUGGAAAAAAUGCGCACAUACAAUUAAAUUAUUCAGUAUAUAUUUUAAAUUUUUACGGUAGUAAUUUUGUAAAUAUAAAAAUAUCGCUACGAUGUAACUGUUUAACUACUUUUCGAACUUUCAUAUUUUUUUAUGCAAAAAUAAAAAUAU